CGGCGCUCCCUCGACACACUGUUGAAACAGCGCCAGCACUUAAGCAUCUCGUCUCAGUUACCUGCAGUGCUCCGCCCUGCUCAUCAGCAGUCCUGUGAUACUGGUGCUCGUUGUUUCUCACUGACUAGAGUGAUGAGUUGCCUGAAAAAUAAUCUAGUUGCAAUGGAUCUUCUUGUGUUGCUGCUACUCUGCACUGUUUCACCGGUCCGAGGCUACCGCUCAGGUCUGGUUAUAGACAGCUGUGAAGACAUGCACCUCCACCGCUCUGGGCUGAGCCCACAGACAGCACCGUCACCCUUUACUGUCACAACUGAGCACAAACGGUACAGACUUGGAGAGGAUGUCAAAGUUGAGCUACAGGGUCCGGUCUCAACACCAUUCACUGGUUUCCUGUUGGAGGCUAGAGAAGUGGGAAACGAGACUCCUGUGGGUUCCUUUGCCAUACCAGCAGGGGCUGCUAAACUCCUCACCUGCAGCCAAAGACCUAACUCAGCUGUGUCCCACAGGUCAGGCUUUAAUAGCAGCUACAUUCAGGUGACAUGGAAAUCAGAACCAUCAAGAGACAUCAAAGGGGUUCAGUUCCGUGCAUCCUUUGUGCAGAAUUCUACAACAUUUUGGGUUAAUGUGACGAGCCCUGUCCUGACCUUCACUAAUCGUAGAGCUGCUCGAUCGGCAGUUAAAUCAGCUGGAUCCAUCUCUAGUGCUAGCUGUGGGGUCACCAAGGUGUGCUUCAGUCAGCCUCCAAACUGUGACCCAGCAGUCAGUUCUAGCUGUUAUUUCAUGUCAGCCAUGAUGUUACCUGGUGGUACAGCCGUCCGCUAUGAGAUGACUGGUCCUAAUGAAGGAUACAUCGCUUUUGGAUUCUCUGCUGAUCAAAUAAUGGGAAAUGAUGAUAUUUAUGUUUGCGGCGUAAACAGCAAUGGACAAGCUGGUGUGCAACACAUGUAUUCAACAGGUCGAUCAAAGCCAGAAACGCGUCCUCUGGGAAAUGUUUAUAAUGUAACAACGUCGGUGCAAAACGGUGUCAUCAGCUGUUCCUUCACUACUACGAAUGUAAUUUCUAUUCAGGGGACUUCAGGUUUCAACCAAUCCUACUACCUGUUGUUUGUCCAUGGACCCACCAGCAGCGGACAAAUAAAAUUCCAUACAGAUGACUUCUCCAGCAAUAAAGCGAUCAAUAUUUAUAGUCCUCUGGCUGUCGGCAAUGGUGACUUUCCUGAUAUCAUGAAAGCUCAUGGUGCACUGAUGCUGAUUGCCUGGAUGACCACAGCAUCACUAGGAAUGAUGGUUGCCCGAUAUCUGAAAAAAAUGGCCAAGGGAAAGAGAAUGUACAACAAAGAUCUCUGGUUUGUGGUCCAUGUUGCAGUAAUGUGUCUGACAGUAGCUGCCACAAUCAUCGCUUUCAUCCUCGCUUUCUCGUAUGCUCAGGACUGGUCUGGGGGAGCACAUCCAGUGUUGGGCUGCCUGGUUAUGAUCCUCUCACUCAUCCAGCCUAUUGGGGCUUUGCUGCGCUGUGGGCCACAACAUCACCUGAGGUAUCUGUUUAACUGGACACAUUUUUUAAAUGCAGUGGCAAUAAAAUCUUUAGCAGUGGCAGCCAUAUUUACAGGCCUGGACAGGAUUGACAGUGAUGAUGGGUGGCUAAUGAAAGUGAUGGGUGGCUUCCUUGCCUGGGAAGUUCUCUUCAUUAUCAUGUUGGAGGUCCAUGACUGGAUAGUUAAGCACAGAGAUGGUACUGCUGAUCAAAUGGAAUCGGCAUUGCUCAGGGGCGACGGUUGCCUGAUCAUUGUUUACCUUCUGGGAAACCUUUGCUUUUUGGUGGCACUUCUGGUUGGAAUUGGACAGAAAUGAGCAGCAGAAGAAUCUUCCAAAGAGUUUCCCUGUAGUUUUUAUUUUUAUCAUCACUUUUGACAUACUUGAUGAGAGACUGCACUGAAAAUUCAGACCAUUGAUGAAUCCUGGAGAGUUUCUCUCACUAAUUUCCUUUAAAAUAUAUAUUUAUGUGGUGUUUUUCAGUUUGCCAGUAUAUUUUAAUGAUAAUCAGCAUUAAACCUCAUUAUGCCAAAGUUUACUGUCCAUUAUAUAUGUAAUAUUUUUGUUUUGAAACACUAGACUGUGCAUUCUAGAAGUCUUAUUUUGAAAUCGUAGUUUGUUACUGUUCAGUGUGUUUGCAGCCGAUUUCUGCCACUCAAUGUUUUCUUGUAUAGUGUUGUCUUUGUCUCUAUUGUUUCCCUGUUAAGUUGCUUCCUGUAUUAGAUUUGAGUCUCUUCUGCUUUUCCUUUAGUUUUACUUCCACUUUCAUUGUCUGUGGUUUGUGCCUCAUCACCCAUGUUUCCAGUCUUUGCAUGUUUUUAUUUUUUUACUUUGACAUACUAAGUAAUAAAGAGGAAGUUUUUGAUUA